CUGUGUCACUCAAGUAAAAUUUUAUUCAGCUGUUGUCUCCAUCGUUCUCUUGUUGCAAACACCACUGUGUUAAAUGCAUAUGUCUCUAAAGGGGUUGCUCCUCCUUAUACCAAUGCACUUGCUUCCAGAAGAAGCAAAACAAAACCAAGCUUCAAUAUCAUACAUAUAAACUAUAUGCUUUGACAUGAGCCACGACUUGCAGCAAGACAAGCUCAGCUGAUGUUGUCAGUGAUGCUGUGGGUGUAGAUAAAUAAGUGUGCACAUGUUUGGGAUCUUAGUCCUUCCCACCACUUAACAUAAUCUAGGCUGUGGUGGAGCUUCUUCUGAAAACACUCUGCCUUCUAGAGCAUGUAUCUUUAUUUUUAAAAGGCAUCACACAGAAGAGCAAGCUCACUGAAACUGUACUCUUUGGAAUCAGACUCGAAGGGGUUCAGAAUUAGUUUCCCGCUGAAAAGGUUAAACAACCCCAACUCUCUCAGCCUGUCCUCAUAGAAGUGGUCUGGUCUCUGAACAUCUUUGUGACCAUCUUCUGGACUCACUCCAACAGGUCCACAUCCCUUUUAUGUGGGAGGCCCCAGACCUGAACACAAUACUGCAGAGUUGUGAAUGAGAAGACUGUAUCUUGAGAUUUCCAGCUGCCUUCCAGGUAAGGGGAGAACUGGUGAUGACCUGAAAAAAUCAUGUCUGAGGUCCAGGGAACGGUCGAGUUUUCUGUGGAGCUACACAAAUUCCAUAAUGUGGAUCUCUUCCAGAGAGGGUAUUACCAGAUAAGGGCUGGACUGAAGAUCCCAUCCAGGAUUCCCCACAGGCUGUUUGCUACAAUUUCAGAACAGACAGGUGAUUCCAGCCUUUGCUCAGCCUGUGUUCAUGAAAACAACGUUUACAGCAGAAUAUUUCAGAUUUUGUACAGAAACGAAGAGAUCAUUCUUAAUGAAUCAAUGACCUUCAGAGUGCACCUGCUUCUGGAUGGUGAAAGGGUAGAAGAUGCAUUGAGUGAGGCAGAUUUUCAGCUCAAGUUGGACCUGCACUUUACUGACAGUGAACAACAGCUGAGAGAUGUUCCAGCGAUCCCUCUGAUCAGCAGCCGUACACUGUGUCUUCACUUCCACCCCCGGAGAGGUCUGCACCACCAUGUUCCUGUCAUGUUUGACUAUUUCCACCUGUCAGUGAUAUCUGUCACGGUGCACGCAUCACUGGUAGCGUUACACCAGCCUCUGAUCAGUUUUGCUCGCCCAGGGAAAGGUUCAUGGCUUGGCAAAGGAAACCUGGAGGCAGGACCAGACCAGUCCAGUAUGUCCUUAGAAAAUCUAGUGUUUGGAGCUGGCUACUGCAAACCUACUUCUUCAGAGGGCAGUUUUUAUGUCCCGUCUGAAAACUGCAUGCAGCAUGCAUACAAAUGGCAUAAGGACCUCUGUCUUCUGCUCUUGAAUGCUCAAAGAGGACUUCACAUGUACUACACCCUCAUAAUGAAGGAGGUUCCUGAUUUACCACAGCUGAAGUUGGAGGAGCUACCUGUGGAAGAGACGUUAUCUCAGAUUUGUAUGGAGCUACAGCUGUUGAGCAAUCCGGAGAAGAUAGCAGAACAGAUAAGCAAGGACCUUGCCUGGCUUUGCUCCCACCUCCUCACCCUGUGGACACAGUUCCUGGAAGUAGCAACUCUCCAUCCGGAAGUCACAGCUUAUCUGACUCAGGAACAUCACAUGCUAAGGGUGAGGAGAUUCUCAGAAGCCUUCUUCUGUACUGAGCACCAGAAACCCACCGUGCUCACGUUUCAGGAAGGCCUGCACAUUGUGCUGUCCUCUGCCUACAUAUCCAGCUCGGCUGCCAGACUUGCAGGACUAAUGGAGAAACAGCAUGGUAACUGCUCAGACACUCAAAUUAUUUUGUACUUUGCUGCCAGGAUCCAAAGUCAUGGACAGAUUUCUACAGAAAUUCGUAAUUCAGAGUACUUCACCAGCAUGCCUCCACUCCCAGCAGAAUGCCUCGACAUAGAUGGGGACUGGAACACUCUCCCAGUAAUCUUUGAAGAUAGGUACAUGGACAUGCCUUGCAAAGAUCAGAAUUUGGAAGUUUUCCCAGAUUUUGAGGUUCCUGUAAAUAUUCGAACAGAUGUAAGAGAUGACAACGAAGACUUUGCAUCAAAUGAUGCUACUGCAUUAAUGAAAGGAGACUUUGGGAAAGGUAGUCUGUUAAUACACACAGACAGGAUAAAUGGGAAUCCUUCCUGCAUAUACAGCAGUACUGAAGGUGCUGCUUAUACAGCUAAGGGUUUAAAGCAGCGCUCCACAUCUCAGGUACGUACAGUGAACAAAGAAGGCCAAAGGAAACAUGAACAUAUUUUUGCUUCAGGUAAGGAAACGAUUUCUGAUUCAAAGCCGGGCAAUACAGAAUGCACAUCAGAAGACUUUAAAACACCUGAGGAAGUUUUAUUAAAAGACAAGAGUCUGGCGGUAGAUGUUACCUACCAAGAUACGAAACCUAGCAAUAAGGAUUCCCACAAAAGUGAGUCCACAUUAUUUGUUAGUGCUCAGUAUGAGUGUGGAGCAUGUGGAACUGAUGACUUGAAAGACAGGACUGAAUUACAUAAAAUAGAGGAAUCUAGUCAUCCAGAGAAUAAUUUCACUUCCUCUGAGCUUGCACUGAAUGAAUUAACCAGUCUUGAAAAAACAGGAGAUCCAGACACCAGGGCUCUGCUCCCUGUUUUGAAAGGUUUGCCCACACACAGCUUUGAAGCAAAAUUGUCUGCAAAGGACCAACGAGGUGAGGAGUGUGAAGAAUUUACCAUGAUGUCAGGGGUUAUAAAAAGAUCCUCCUCUAUAAUAUCUGAUUCAGGCAUAGAAAGCGAACCAAGUUCAGUGGCAUGGUCUGAUGCUCGUAGCCGGGCACUGGAGCUACCCAGUGAUCGGGAGAUCCUGCACCACUUGGUACGAAGGCAUGCCAUCCACCGAAAUUCGCUGGAGGGUGGCCACACAGAAAGCAAUACCAGCUUGCCCAGUGGGAUCCAAGCAUCGCUCACAUCCAUCAGCUCUUUGCCCUUUGAGGAAGAGGAGAAGGAAGUGGAGCUUACCAAACUGACAAAAUCUGUCUCGGCUCCUCAAAUCAGCAGCCCAGAAGAGCCUGCAGAGGAGGUGGAUAUAUCCAAACACAGUGAAGAUUCAGAAGGAAACUUAAAAAGUCCCACAGAUACAGAGGAUAGAGAUGUAAAGUUAACCGUAGACUUUUCUGAGAGUCAAAUCACUGCUGAAAAUGGACAACUAGAAUCAAGAGGACAUGUCAAACCCUCCAUCAAACACAGUAGCAGUAACACUGAGUUACAAGAGGAGGAGGAGAAGGAAGGUUUACCAGAGACUUACCAUAGUUUGGAAAAUGCAAAACCACCCAUUUGUCCAAAGCAUCUCCGAGACAAUGGCUCUGAGUGUCAGUCACUGGACACCAAUGGUGAAUGCCACUUAAAAACACCAAAGCCUUGCAAUUACUUGGACAAAAAUGUAGAUAAGUUUGAUACAUGCACUGAGGAUCCAAAAGACAAACUUAAGCUGGAUAGUUUAAAUACACAACAAGGCUUUUACUCCAAUAGCAGAACUUCAGGAGAGGAGAGUUUCUCACAAAGCAUGAAGCUGGUAACAGAGUUUUGUUAUCCUGUUCCAGCUCCUUCAGAGACUUCAAAUGACUUUGUCUCAAUGCAAGGACAGUGUGGUAGCUCUCUUGUUGAUGACAGCACAGCAGCAUAUGCAGAAAUGCAGGGGUUACAAGAAAUUGAGCUCAAUGACUCACCUGCCUCAGCAGAUUCUGCUGCUGGAUCCUACAAGGCUGAAUAUCCUCAGGAACCCAACAGUCAAGAGCAUAACCUUGUAGCUAAUGGCACCGGGUUUCAUUUGGCGACAACGGAGGGAGUAGCCCUGGAAAGCAGAAAGGCUGUUGAUGUGGUUAACCUGUCCGUCUCUUGCACAGCCACGUGUCUUCCCUUUUCUUCUGUGCUUAAAGAAACCCCUGCUAUGGUCGGCUUCUCUGCAAAGCAGGCUGCAUUCCCCAUCACACGCCAGCCUCUCGGCUCUUUCGGAGUUGUCUCUCCUAAUUCAAAUGAGAUGGAUGAAGACACCAAUGAGAGGAUGCUGAAUUUUUAUCAGGCCAAAGAAAAAUUUAAAAAAGAAAUGAAGAUUGAAGGAUUUCUGUACAGUGACUUAUCUGUACUAGCUUCUGAUAUCCCAUAUUUUCCACCAGAGGAAGAGGAAGAAAAUUUGGAAGAUGGAAUUCACCUGGUUGUCUGUGUCCAUGGAUUGGAUGGUAACAGUGCAGAUCUGCGGCUGGUAAAGACUUUUAUAGAACUGGGACUCCCUGGUGGAAAACUGGACUUCCUAAUGUCUGAAAGAAAUCAGACUGACACUUUUGCUGAUUUUGAUACAAUGACUGACCGACUAUUGGAUGAAAUUAUUCAGCAUAUCCAGUUGUACAAUCUCUCCAUAUCCCGAAUAAGUUUUAUUGGGCAUUCCCUUGGUAAUGUCAUCAUUCGAUCUGUACUAACUCGCCCCAGGUUUCGCUAUUACCUCAACAAGUUGCACACCUUCCUGUCCCUCUCUGGGCCUCACCUGGGAACACUUUACAACAACAGUACUUUGGUUAGUACAGGUUUAUGGCUUAUGCAGAAGUUGAAAAAGUCAGGGUCACUUUUACAACUGACCUUCAGGGACAAUGCAGAUCUGCGCAAAUGUUUCCUCUAUCAGCUCAGCCAAAAAACGGGUCUUCAGUACUUUAAAAAUGUUGUGUUAGUGGCCUCACCCCAAGACAGAUAUGUACCUUUUCAUUCAGCAAGAAUAGAAAUGUGCAAAAAUGCCCUUAAGGACAGACACACAGGUCCUGUUUAUGCAGAAAUGAUUAACAACCUGCUCCAGCCUUUGAUUGAGGCAAAGGACUGCACUUUGAUCAGACACAACGUGUUCCAUGCUCUGCCAAACACGGCCAACACGUUGAUAGGCCGGGCUGCCCACAUUGCUGUGCUGGACUCUGAACUUUUCCUGGAGAAGUUUUUCCUCGUGGCAGGACUCAACUACUUCAAAUAGUGCCUGAAGUACAGGGUAGCAGAGGCAAACCUUUUCACUGAGUGGAAAAGGAUCCCUCAGAGAGAAGAGUGCUGUGUUAGAAAUGAGAUCAGGUGGGACUUUCAAACUCUGCAUUUCUGUUUCAGAGAAUGAAGUGCUAUGGCUUUAAGGCAUUCAAGCUUCCAAAUAUUGGUGCUUUUGGAAGAAAUAAAUAUUCCUCUUCAGUUUCUCUGUUCUUUGUCCACAUAAAGACAUGAGCCACUUCUGAAGUACAGAAUCAGAAUAAGAAGGCUAAUUCUCUAAAUGUGAUUGGACCAAUGUGAUUCUGGUUUCUCUUGAAUAUUAACCCUGGAACCUGGAUGUCCUUGGUUUAAUGCUUAUUUACGUAUUAACAAAGCUAUACAUUUUAACCACUUUUGAGGUAGUCAAAGCAAGAGGAAACAAGCAUAUACGAACUCAGGUUAAAACUUCCUUUGUGAUGAAAUAAGAAGUUUGAAAAACUUUUAUGAAAGUUUCAAUGUUUCCAUUUGUUGAGAGAAAAUAAUUAGAUGGUUCCAUAACUGGUAAUAAUUUGUAACAUACAUACGUUCAGAUAAUAGAAAGGAGUGAAAUAGUUAACAUAGAAUGAAGAAAUAUUGAUAUUUGUCUUAAAAAAAACACAUAAAAAGACAAACAAAAACUUUAUGUUGCGAAGAAUUUUGUUCAAUUUAGAAGCUACCAAACCAAGAGGAGUCCAUUGGAUUAUGUGUGAAAUAACAGUGGCAUCUAUUAACAUUUCUUCUGUUUACAUUUAUAGAGGAUCAUUAUUGUACCUGUUAUAACCUUAGAGGUACAAUUUUUGCUUUUACAUUUGUAUCUAAGUACAUUUAUCCCCAACAUAUUUUUAUAUUUAUUGUUUUGAUAAGAAAUUCAAAAUUUAGCCCUAAAAAACUAAACAAGACACACCCACAAAAAAAAACCCCAAACAAACAAACAAAAAAGAAAUACUGGAGACAUAGAAUGGUAAGGAUUGUUGAAAGCUUAAAAAAUAUAAAGACGUCUUCUUAGGCUCCUCUGCAAUGCUUUGUUAAUGCUUUACUAGUGCCCGUUUGAAGUGCCACAUACAGACCUAAUUAUUAUAUGAAGACAGCUGGUUGAAAUAUUUAAAUCUUUAUUCAUACAAGCAUAUCCAAAUUGUUUUUAACGGUUUGGGAAAGAAUGCAUUUUUCGCCUUUUUAGGUGGUGGUUCAUGUUUUUUUUCAUUUAAAUUUUUAUCAAAAAAGUUAUCAGAUUUAAAGUGAUCAAUUUCAACAGCUUUCUAUACACUUUCAUAACAUUUUGAUAAAUGUUCAGUGUCACAGCAUUUUUUUUUUCAAAAAAGAGAAAGUGAAUAAUUCUUCACAAUGAUUUUUAUUUGAAAGGAAGGAAAUUUUAAUGCAAAUGUAAUUUAUUUAAAAAACCAUAAGUGACCAGCCUUCUGUAUCUUGUGACAAAUAGUAUUAAAAAAAAAGACAAAGGUGAUUUCAGCUGUCAAGACUCUCACCAGUAACUUAAGAUGAAGAUAGUAGAGAUUUCUGAAAUAAGAGAGUUAAAAAGGGAAAAACAAGCAAAUAAACAAACAAAACAAAACAACACAAUCACAGAUAAAUAUUUGUACAUGCAAAAAGCUAGAUUUUUCAAAAGAGGAAAACUUACACAGAAUUAAUUCAACAAAAGAGUGGUGAGCAAACUGGUAAAGGCUGCUAAAGAACAAGGAUGGUUUGCUAAUGUAGGUGUGUUUUUAAAAUAGAAAGGAGAAAGAAGAAGCGUACAAAGGGGUGGCAUUAAAAUCGCCUGAAAACAGGAAAGUAUAUUCUGCCCCGCAAAGGGGCAGAAAUGUUAUAGAAACAGUUGCAUGAUGUGUUUCAAUAUUGACAAGCUUCUUAAACAAUAAGUAUUACCUCAAGUACUUGAAUUAACUAGACAGAUACUAUUUUACCUCCCCCCACCUUUUAUAAAUUGACAGUUUAAAGCUAAAAUCUGGAUUUACCCAGUUAACAAAUUAAUUCUGUCAGGAAUCAAGAACUUCUGGUUCCCACUUCUUGCUUGGGAAGACAUUAUCACUUUUUGGCCUCAACAUUUCAGUGGCAGCUAUAUUUACAUAUCACAGCUUACUUCUUCCUUGAUAAACUGUUUACAGUAUUUUAAAUAUAAUGGGACAUGCAGGUGAAGCUGUUAUACAGUGCAGUGGUUUUGAGCCACAAGACAUGGACUUCCAAGAUAUAUGUGGCAAACAAGAAAAUACAGCAAUCUACAACCGUCAGCAAGCUUCAUUGUGCUCUAUGAGGGUCUGCUUCUCUUCUAGAAUAUGUUCAGGAGUCUGCCAACAGAACGUUUUGAAAAACAUUAAGAGAGAAGUUAGUUUACACAUAUAUACAUGCCUAAUACAUGUGUAUGUCUGUAUGUGUACAGUCUUUGUGUUUUUUUCAAGGUCUCACACACCAACUUUCUCGAUCCUGAGUGUACCAAGCCUGACAACAUACCAAUGUAGAUGUUCUUACAUUGGGUUUGUUGAUUUCUUACCUUUCCUUGUACAUCAGGCAGCAUUCCCAGCCUUCUGUUUGUGUGAUUAUGAGGGAAAGGAAAGGUGAAAAGGUCUCUUUUGUACUCCUGCAGAAACUGGUGGGCAUUUCAGUAUAUUCAAGUUCACAUUCUCUACUGCCACCAGUGCUCUGGCUGACUGAUAAACAUACCUAAAGGUUUCUGUGUUCUUAUACAUACAAUAUUCUUCCAUGGCUCAGAGUCUGAUUUCACAAUUGGAGCUGGAUUGUACAUGGAGUUGGAUUAGGUUCAUAUAAUUUGCUCCUUGCGGGGUAUCACAGAGAGCUUCUGUGGACCCUUAGAAAAAUCUGGGGGUGUCAUUCCUGUGAAAUGAUGAAACACAGGAUUUUUCUUGCUUAUGCUGGCAGAACAUUGUAAUAUUGUGGGUAAUAUUGACGGUAACAGUCUAGCUGAGCAUUCAUUUUAAGGUUCUCAGAAUAUUCUCUAUAGCUUAAGAAUUCCCCUCAUAACAAAUAGCAAAAAAUAGCAAAAUGACUGCACUGUUAGCAUCUUUGUUUCUGUCUCUACCUUCAGAUUAUUAAUAUAUUAUCCUUUCACACACACACAAAAAUAUAUUGAAGUACUGUAUUAUGACAAGGAUUUCCUUUCAAACUGCACAGGCUCCUCUUGACUUGAUAUUUCUACGACUCAGUGCUUAAAUUCUUAAGUGAAGCUCCCACAUUCACAGAAGAUGACACAGUUUUUCAAGAACUUGGACAGAGAAGGGACAACCAUGACAUUUUUGUAGCUUGUCAAUGUCCAGAGCCAGCUCUGAGUUUUAUGUUAGCUGUAUGUGAAGUGAAACUCCUCCUCUAUGGGAUUCUUAAGUUAUGAAUUAAAAAAACCAGCAGCGUAGGGUUGUUUCGUUAGCAUCUAGAAGUCUUACAAACAGCGCUGAGGAUCUCCUGGCUCAAAAAAAUAAAGUGCAUUUGACUGUUAAGGUUUUCCAGGGUUAAAGAUGAAGUCUGGGCUAUAGCCCAGAUGAGUAAGUUCUCUGAAGGAAAUUUGGUAGCCCAUAUGUAGGAAAAGAGCAGCAAAGACAGAGGAUCUCAGGAAUUUGAAAGACAGGGACAAAGACAGGAAGGAGAACAGGAAGGUACACCAACAAGGGUGAAUUUCACAGAAUCACAGAAUUAAAAGAUAUAUUGUUCUUUGAAACGAACCAUGAAGCCAUUUCCUUUUCAGUGACUGUUAUCUAGGUUGGAAUGGCACAGUAAUUCUGGAAGAAAGAAACAAAAUUAAUCAGUUUAUUGACAAGCUCAUAGAAGGUCAUGAUGAAAAGACACAAAGAUGCCUUGUCUUGUUUUCAAUCUUUAUUUAAUCUUUAAAUAAAAAUUAUAUAUAAGAAGACUAAAGCAUUUAAAAAGAUUGGCAUUAACUACUUUAAAAAAAUUGAAGCACUUGAAAACAUUGCAUUUAUAGCAAUUCAGUGGAUAUCAUGCCUUUGUUAAUAGUUGGAUUUUUUUUCCACUAUUUUGGGACUCUUAGAGCCCACUGAGCUUCACUUUUGAAAUAAUUUAAUCUCUCCUGAAAUGGAAGAUUUGUUUCUUGAAUACGGAUGGAAAGAAAUUGCAGUAGUGAUUAAUUGUGAGUAGAGGAGGGGCAGAAGAGCUAGUUCUUUCUGCAGUUGGGCUGAGGAUUUUUGAAGGGGUGCUUUUUAAUCUCCUUGUAACAGUUGCUUUCUAACCUGCAUAAAACCUGGAGAAAGCUCUGGAGAUGUAUCUACUUCAAUGACAUAAUUCAGCCUGUCUAAUUUCAUCACUGUCUUUGUGCUUAAAAAUUAGUCGCAAAAGUAAUUUGUUCUACUAAAAUAAAAGCAUUGCUUUCUCUAUUUAGUCAAUGAAGAGAGGUAUGUACUACUGAGACUAAUUCUGUUUUCUGCUUUUUUGGGAUUCAGGGUUACUUACCUGUCUUCUCUGACCAGGUAACUUACUGUAAGAGUCACUUUUUGAGUGUCUAAGAGAUAGAAAAAAUGUAGAAGCCCAGGAUCCAUGGAUUAGGUGACAUCCCUAAUUAUUAGCUCUUCAGUUUUUCAUACUUAGGUGGUAUUUUUGACUGUAUAAUUUGAUAUAAAAGCAAACACUGAAGAGAUGAAUUGUGGUCCUUUAAAAUUUGGCAGGAAAUGUGUCUUUUCCCAGACUUCAAUGCAUGAUGAUUUUCUCUUUAACAAAAUUGUUUAUUUGUUUACAAAAUCAGGUCUGUCCACUGACAAUAGAGGAAGUUAAAAUUGCUUAAAGCAUUGGGUUCUAAAGGCUUGAAACCUUAGCAGAGGGCUUUGGAAAUUACUAACAGGAAUGCUGAGCUCUAUUUUGCUUCAAAGCACUUCACUGCCCCAUCCUCUUCACUGUUCCCUUGCCAGACAAGAGCCACUCUUGAGAGAGAAAGCUAUCACAAGAUGAUGUGAAAACUGGGAAUUCAAGCCAAAGCUUUCAUUAGUUUGUAGGUUCUUCUGGUGCUUUCUGCUUUCUUCUUACCUCUGCUUUUGAAAUAGAUAAGUGGUGAUGCAGGAGAAAGCUGAGAACUUCUAAUAACAGGUUUAGACCCUUGUGGAGGUUUAUGCAAAUAUCCCAUGAAAGUUUUUAUGUAAUGAAUAGUCAUGGGGCACUUUGCAGCAAUCUCAGCCUGCCAAUAUGUGUCAGCCUAGCUGAGUGAUUUAUUUUUUUUCUUUUUGUUCAUUGUGGACUUAAAUUUCAAUUUAAAAAUUGUGAUCAGAACUGCCUAACCUAUUUCAGUCCAGCUGGUCAUUUAGAAGCUAAAGGUCAUGUCCAUGGAGAACUCUUAUGGAGUGUUUUAUUCUAUUUCAGUACAUAUGCUUAGUAAUAUUGAUGUUGAAUGUUGUCAAGUAAUUGACAACUUCUAGCUCAAUCUUAAAUAUUUAUUUACCCCUCCCCAAAACUUCCAGUGUAUAUUUAAUAAUUUAUUUUUUUCAGGUAUAAAUCAGUACAAAUCCAUGUCUACUGGAGUCAGAGCUCAGACUACCCAUUCUUAUUCUUUAAUGCAAGAGCUUUCUGGCAAGCUAUAGCACCAGAGUCUUGAGAACUUCAUGUAAUAUAACAGAAUUAUAUGCACAGAUAAUCAAUGAAGUAAAAAUCAGUCCAUUAAUGAUUGGUGUAAAAAAAUACAUAGUCUGGAAGUCUCCCCUCCCUUCCUCUCUGACAUUCCUGGUUGCUGAGAACAGAACUCUAGAAAUUAAAGAAAAAAGUAUCAUGUAAGUGAUUAACAUCUCUUUAAGUUGACAGAACUGAGGGCUGUGCCCCUUUAAAGAAAAAUACAAUUAUAAUUAUUUGUAUUUAAAAUGUUCUACAGGCCUGGCCCAGAUAAUUCCAAAAUCAACUGAAAGGUCUCAAUACUUCUAACAGUGCCACAUAUAGCCAUGCAGAGUGGUUCUUGCCACUUGAAUAUUCAGUUGAUAGUGUUUGCUGCAGACACUGUGAAGUCAGUGCAAACAUGCAUUUACAAAUAAUAUUCAGCACUAACAUUCUAUUUAUCCAGGAGUGGUACAUCAUGUUCACACAUUCAUUCCAGUCAAUUUUCUCAGCCCUUCAUAUAAAAAUUGUUAUCCACCUAUCCAAACAUAUCACAGAGGGUGAAUAUUGUACUUCAUAAGGAACAGCUGGAAGUCUCCCAGUCUAAAUCCUGUUCAAAGCAGGAUAUGAUGACCAUCAUGGUAAGGCCAGCCACAUCUUUGUCUUGCCGAGUCUCGAAAACUCCUGGUCAUGGAUGUACUUCAUAUACUCUGGAUUACCUUUCCAACUGAAGCAAAAAAAUAAAAUUAAAUUAAAUUAAAAAAUCUAAUUUGAACUUCCCAAACUACAAUUUCUCUCUGUUACUUGUUAUUAUACAUGUUUUUAUUCCAUGAGGAAGAUCUUAGAAUCAUGGACUCAUAGAAUAGUUUGGGUUGGAAGACACCUUCAAAGAUGAACUAGUCCCACCCCUGUCAUGAGCAGGGACAUAUUUGCCCAGAUCAUGUUGCUCAGAGCCCCGUCCAGCCUGGCCUGGGAUGUCUCCAGGGAUGGGGCAUCCACCACCUCUCUGGGCAACCUGGGCCAGUGUUUUAUGACCUUCAUUGCAAAAAUUCUUCCUCAUGUCUAGCCUGAAUCUAGUUUAAAACUAUUUCUCCUUGCCCCAUCACAACAAAUUCUGUCCUCAUCUUUCUUAUAGGCUCUUUUUAAGUACUGAAAGACUGCAACACGGUUUCCCCAGAGCCUUCUCUUACCCAGGCUGAACAACGCCAACUCUCUCAGCCUGUCCUCAUAGGAGAGGUUUUCCAUCCCUCUGACCAUGGCAUAUCACUAUCAUUUAUGGACCUAUUUUUCUGCACAUGAUACGUCUGGCCCUCCAUCACACCCUUGGCAUGCACACUGCCAUGCUAAUUGUUUCCCUCCUGUUUUUGCACAUCUUAUUUGAGGUGACCUUAGCCGUUGGUAAGCUUUAGGCACAGAUAGUGAGAAAGCCUAAUGUGAGUCUGCUCCACCCUUGUAUGGCAGACAGGGGUGAUCACUUACCUUGUGAUCAUCAGGUCCAUGACAUGCUGCUUCCUGACAGUCUCUGGUUUGAAAGAGUUACUGCUGCCAUUUCUUCUCUGUUUUAGUAAGACUAUACGAUACAUAUGCACUUCCCUAAGACAAAUCCAUGCACUGAAUAGAAAGGCUUAUGAAAACAGUUUAAUCAGUGUCUAUACUGAUUGAAAUGCAGAUGAGUCAGAUCUUCCCUGCAUAGGAUAAAAGCAAAAAAAAUAAAUAUGUAUAAACUCUUCUUAUGCAAAAGGUCAGACUAAAUUAGCUUCUAUUACAACCUUGAAACUUGAUUUCUCUGCUUUCGAAAAUUCAACUCUCCACUUUCACUCAAAGUGCUGCAAGAUCCUAUUAUCUGUGUAGCAAACUAACCACAUCUGUCUGAAACCGAUUUGCACACAUACAUAUAUAUGCCAGAAGUACAUCGGCUGUAUGAAUGGAGCUGCACAUCUUCGAGAAGCUUCUGCCUCUGAACAUUUGAGACUGUGACACAGUGAAGAGGACUAUAUUUAUAGCAAUCCAGCAUGCCUUUCAGUCUUUGAAAGCUAUCAGCUACAAACACAAAGAGCUUAUCCAAAGGAACAAAAAAAAACAACUCUUCCACAUAAAAGUCCAGUCUCAAAACACUCCUUUUAUUUUAUUUUAGAGUGGGUGGUUUGAGUACCGUGAUGGCCUUGCUUAUUCUUUACUUCCCAUAAAUGGUGUUAUGCUAAUUAAUGCAACACCUUCUGGUGCUGAAAGCCCCCAAUAUUUCAAUUUUCAUGGCUGUUGCUAGUAACUGAAUUAAGAAGUUUUUCCUUCCUUCCUGAAAGCAUAAGUGCUAGUAGAAAUAUGUCUGUCCUAAUCCUGGAGAAAUGUUCACUUACUCUUUGCUAUUUUUAUAAGGAUAAUACCACCUGCAUGCUUCCCAAAUGUAGAAAGAAGUCCAGGCAUUUCUGAAACCCUAUAUACAUCAGCUGCAUGCAUGGGGAAGGUUAAAGAAGGGACUGUGGGAACUGUUCUGAUUUGGGGUGUGUUAUCACUCUCAGUAAAAAUGAAAAAGCAAAAUGUAGCUAAUGUAUGACAUAUAUACCGUAUGUGUGGUGUACCGUACAUGCAUAUGCAUGUAGAAAAUGUCUUUUCCUUUAGGUAAUGUACGUUAUAGUCCCAAAUGUGAUAAAUGUAUAUUCCCAUCCACAGUGUACGUAUGCCAUACCAUACUUCAAGGCUGGUGGUGACUGUUCAGUCCAAUAGGUUUCUGUUAAUUUUGGGGGGAGUUUGUUUUGGUUAUCCUCCAGAACACUGGUGAAAGAGCACUUUGCUGGCUUCAUCCAAGUCAUCAGAGGAGAGAGAUUGUUUUGUACAGUGAUUUGUCAACCCCUUGGCACACCAUUAAUCAACUAACCUUAUCUAAGCAGUCUUGAAUUUGAUGUGUGUUAUCUAUCACCUCCAUGGUUUCCAUGGUCAAUGCAACACGUCAAACAGACCUGCCCUAUCUCCUGAGAUAGGAAGCUUGUCACCAUUUUUAAUUUUCCUUUACAUCUAUCCUCUUCAACCAAACAUUCAUUUUUAAGCUGAUAGACCAAUAAUUUAUCAGCCUGGCCACUCUUCUUGUUAAUUUUAGUCUUACAUAUAUCUGACUAUGCACCCAGUUUGGGAAAUAAGCUUUUUCUUUUUCUGCCAUCUAAUCUUAUGAAGUAUGAGGGAGCUCAGUCUAGACAAGCCAUGGUACUACUUUGUGACUGCAUGUCUGGAAAACAAACAAAACAGCAAAACUCCACUGUAGUGUUUUCUAGGUUUAUUUUCCACUCUAUGUAUUUUUCCAAGAAAGAAGAAACACUGAUAUUUUGUCCCAUGCCUUUUAGGUUCUCCACCUGAGCAAGAAGCCAGAUAUAGUUCUAGUAGACUACAGGUGGGAGAAGGCAAAGAUGCAGGAUAAAUCCUCCUCUUUCUAUGAUGUGACAGAAAUAUAUCCCCACCAAUAUGUCAGUAAUGACAGAGAAAGCACAAAGAAUAUUUUCACAAACACUAUCCACUUCACAAAAAUAAAUAAUUGCAGUAUAUUAUUGUAUGUUUAGGAGAAGUAUCAGGUCAAAAUCAAAACACAGAUCAGUAUAUUCCAAAACAAAAAUUUCAGAUAUAAAUUGAAAUUUAUGUUUGUGUUUUGUUACUUGGAUUUUUUUCUAAUAUUAAGUUUUCUUAAAUGCUGAACAGUUUAAUCCACUGGUGAAUUUCUUGGGGUUGAGCAAUGAAUCCCUGCGUUACUGAAGGGUUUUUUUAACCACAGUCUUAAACUAAGUCCUCAGUCAUCUUCAUAAAUUCCCUAAUAUUUACCCAAGACCUUUUUAAAAAAAAAAAAUCUGACUUUCAAUCUCCAUCUUUCUGCUUAUGCUUAGACAAUUAGCUACAGCACCUGAGACUCUCAGAUGUCAGAAAAUUAAGCUUUCUCUUCAUAUAGAAUUACCUUCAAUGAACAGUACAAGCCUUAAUGUGGAAGACUUACCUGCUGGGCUCCUUCUUUCUUGUUUAGAGGGAGAUUAUGGUAAUGAGUGUCUAAUUUAGGCAAAUCAGGGAAACAGAUGAAUCCUGUCCUCUCUCUUACCACUUUGUUCCACACUGCAAAUUCACACUCAGGCACUUAAAGUUAGAAAAUUCUGGUCUAAAUAUUCCAAACCAAACACAUCUGGGAGCCAGGUCUUCAUUGAUGUCAUAUCUUUCUCUGUAUGCAAUGUACAAGAAUAAUUACUCUGUUUUUGAAGGUGGAACCAUUAUCUUGGUUUGAGAGUCUUGGAAACCUUGAUGAAACUUUCUUUAAAGUGUAUUAAAAUUGUAACCCUCAAAAUCAGGCUUCAUCUUUUUAAAGUUAGCAAUGGCAUCAACAGUAACUUCUCAGUUGUUCAGUAUCUAUUCAAAUGGAACACCUUACACUGCCAGAAUAAUUCUCAGUCCUAAAACUGGACCUUCACCAUUCCUCAACUGAUACGUGGAAUGUAUUUCAGUAGACAGGAGCAUAGUUCUGAGAAUAUCCUUAUCCUAUGUUUCAAAGAGUUGUAAUAAUAAGGAAAUACCCCUCAGAAUUAAAACCUACUAUUUCCUGUAAUUAAUUAGCUCUGGAAGUGGUUUUCUUUAAGCAUCCUUCUACAGUUGUUGGUUAAUAAGGACAAAGCUAAAAGUUGUGGGUUUUUUUAAAGAAAUAACAUAUUUUUUUCAGACAAACAACAAAGUACUAUUGGGCUGAAUUUUAAAUUAUUAAUUUCAACUUCAAACCAUUCAAUUCUAUUUUUCAUAAAAAUUUAUAAAAAAUCAAGAGGCUGUCCCCCGGACGUACCAACCCUUUGUACCUAUGUGUAACGGAUGUGAAAUACUAGCCUUGGUAAACAUGCCCAUGUUUGUGCACAAAGGCUGCAAAGUGAUGCAUCAGAGAUAUAUCAUUCUCCAAGUACUUCCUUAAGGCUGAUUGUGCAAGGCAAGCAAUAUGCGUGAUAUAACUGGUGCAUGUGACAGUAAGUACAACCUUGUGCAAAUUUGGAUUUAGAGACAGUAACUUAAUACUGAGGCUGAACUUUGCAGAUGAGAAGUCUAUGGCAUUUUUAAUUAUAACCAUUUCUGUGGUUUGAAUAUGAGUAUAACUGAUUCUGUCCUGUGACACUAGAGGUUGUACUUUUAAAUGAAACAUCAUCGUGUUUGAUUGAAGCAGUAAAGUUUCUCUCGAAUUAUAUUUCAAAUCAGACAGAAGAGGCAAUAAUUAGAGGUUGUGAGCUUGAAAAAUCUGUACUAUUUAUUUAUUUAUUUUAAAGAUGUCAAGAUUUACAACACAUGGUCUGUCUGCUUCUUUCUGAUUUACUUCCUUUUCCCUAACGAACAUUUGUCAACUGCCAUACACUUCAAUUUUCUUUAACUACGUCUAUCAAGAUUUAAGUGGAACAUUGAAAAACCAAAACUGAUCUCACAAAGUGGAAACAAAUAAAGUUGAGUCAAUUCCAUGACAUCUUAGGGAAAACAGAGAUGCUACUCAGUUUUCUUGAAAUGCAGGUUCUGAUUCAGCAGCAUUCAAAUGGUCUUGACUAAAGGUCUGAUCCCAAGAAAUGCUGCUCAAAUGCAUUCUUGAUAUAAUGGUCCAGAUUCCCAGGUGGAUUAACCUGAUAAAACAGUUUAUACAGUCUAAGGAUAUUGCUGAAUGGCAGUCAGUAGCAUUCACAGUGUCUCACAGUCAGACCACAAGAAGAUUGCAAAUGUCCUGAGCUCUUUUUCAGGCCAAUUUUCCAGUUUGUCAACUGUGUUUUAAAAGUAGUGUCUUUUUAGACAAACACAGACCUCUCCAAGGGAUCAAGUCAAUGGAUAAAUGUGGACAGUUCCUUCUAAGCUAAGGGAAAGGGCUUUUAAUUUUUAAAUCCACUACUUUGAAUCAUGACCAUAAAAAAAAGCUGAAGAAUUGUGACAUGGUCCCUUGUAUAAACAAGAUCAUGAAUGUAAAGCUUAUAAUGCCACUGUGAAAUUUUAAUGCUUAUUUAUUAUGGUUAUGAUGAAACCUGUAUAAUAAGAUGAUGAUGAUGAUAAUAAUAAUAAUAACAAUAAUAAUGAAUAGUCAUCAGUGCCAAUAUGAUUCUACUAUUUUUCUACAUAUGCUUUAUCGUGGCAUUUUGUGUAGCUUGUGUUAUGUGUAAAGAAAUGUCAAUAAAAUCUUUGCUUCCUUUUGUC